AAUUAGAAUACGGAUCCUCUCCUCCUCCAGCCCUACCUCUUUCACGCUGGAGAUUUAGACCGCUGGUCAGCACAGGGAAUUACUCUUCUGCUCUCCCAUCCGUCGUUAAUUGUGCUUCGGAUGCACCUACCAGACUCAAGUAUUUUUUACCUAAUUUCUGUCAGAGAUUAAUAUAAGAUAUAUAGUAGAACUUUUCAAAGCUAGGUUUCAAUUUUUCUAGCAAUGUGCAAAGAUGACUCGGCAAAUGACAGCCUCUGCUAUCAACAAAUCCAAAACUCUGGACAACAAAUAUAUGCUUGGGGAUGAAAUUGGGAAAGGGGCAUAUGGAAGAGUGUACAAGGGUUUGGAUUUGGAGAAUGGAGACUUUGUUGCAAUUAAGCAAGUCUCCCUGGAGAAUAUUGCUCAAGAGGAUCUCAACAUUAUCAUGCAAGAGAUUGAUUUGCUCAAGAAUCUGAACCAUAAGAAUAUUGUGAAAUAUCUUGGAUCAUUGAAGACAAGGACUCAUCUUCACAUAAUACUAGAGUAUGUGGAGAAUGGUUCACUUGCUAACAUUGUUAAGCCAAAUAAAUUUGGGCCUUUUCCAGAGUCAUUGGUGGCUGUUUAUAUAGCCCAGGUAUUGGAAGGUUUGGUAUAUCUACAUGAACAAGGUGUAAUUCAUCGUGAUAUCAAGGGAGCUAAUAUUUUGACAACAAAAGAGGGUCUUGUGAAACUUGCAGAUUUUGGGGUUGCGACAAAACUAACUGAAGCAGAUGUUAAUACACAUUCAGUUGUUGGAACACCAUACUGGAUGGCCCCUGAGGUCAUUGAAAUGUCGGGAGUUUGUGCAGCAUCUGACAUUUGGAGUGUCGGUUGCACUGUGAUAGAACUUCUGACAUGUGUACCUCCAUACUAUGAUUUGCAGCCCAUGCCUGCGCUCUUUAGAAUUGUACAGGAUGAGCAUCCACCAAUUCCCAAUAGUCUAUCUCCGGGUAUCACUGAUUUCCUCCGCCAGUGCUUUAAGAAGGAUGCUAGACAGAGGCCUGAUGCUAAAACACUAUUAUCGCAUCCAUGGAUUCUAAAUUCAAGACGUGCACUACAGACAUCCUUACGUCAUAGUGGAACUCUAAGAAAUAUUGAUGAAGCUGGACCUGGGGAUGCUGAAUCAAGUAGAUCCACACAAGGGCACAGCGGUGAUACCACCAAUGUUGCGAAAGAAUCUGAAACAGAGCCAUUAUCAUCAGAGGUUGUAGAGAUUAGCAAGACUUUUGAGGAUGAUGUUCCUAAUGCUAAUGCUACUGAGGGAAGGGCACAUAACCUUGAGGAGAAUGUAGGUCGAGAUCAACCUCCAACAUCCAGUAUCAAUGCAAAUUCACGCAUGCGGACUAGCUCAAAUAGAGUGGUAAACAAUCAUGAGUCAACAAGUUAUGAUUUGGUGGACAACAAGGCAUCCACUGUCGGUCAUGGAGCCGAAGUGCUAACAAAUAGUGUAUUGGGUCCCACUGAAUCAAAAAAGGCAAAUGACAUGACUGGAGACUUGAUUUCAACCGUAAGGGCCAAGAUCAUAGCCCUCAAAAGGUUGUGAAGGCCUCAAUCAAUUCAAGAGGAAAUGAACUCAGUAAAUUUAGUGAUCCUCCAAAUGAUGCUUCUUUGGAUGACUUAUUCCCUCCAUUAGAGAAUCUUGAGGGUCGGAUAGAUGAAGCCUCUACGUCAACAUCCUCACAUGUAAAUCAAGGCAACACGGACCUUGAUAGUGGAAGCAAUGAUCUGGCUACAAAGUUGAGGGCUACAAUUGCUCAAAAGCAAAUGCAGAAUGACACAACAGAGGCAAAUGGUGGUGAUAUAAUUCGUCUAAUGAUGGGCGUUCUGAAAGAAGAAGUGAUUGAUAUUGAUAAUUUGGGAUUUGAAGAUAAAUUACCAACAGAAAAUCGCUUUCACAUUCAGGCUGUUCAGUAUAGCAAACUAGUCUCGUCAUUGAGGCCAGAGGAACCAGAAGAUGUCAUUGUGUCUGCUUGUGAAAAGCUAACUGAUUUUUUUCACCAACGACCAGAGCAGAAAAUUGUGUUUAUUACACAAAAUGGUUUGUUUCCUCUAAUGGAGCUACUUGAGGUCCUCAACUCUCGUGUUAUAUGUUCCGUGCUUCAAGUUCUAAAUGAAAUAAUCAAGGAUAACACAGAUUUUCAGGAGAAUGCUUGUCUAAUCGGCCUUAUUCCUGUUGUCAUGAGCUUUGCUGUUCCUGACCGCCCCCCAGAGGUCCGCUUUGAAGCAGCGUGCUUUCUGCAGCAACUUUGUCAGUCAAGCUCGUCAACAUUGCAAAUGUUUAUUGCUUGUCGGGGUAUACCGAUCCUAGUUGGAUUUUUGGAGACGGAUUAUGCUAAGUACAGGGAAAUGGUUCAUAUGGCUAUUGAUGGCAUGUGGCAAGUCUUCAAGCUUAAGAAGUCGACCUCUAGAAAUGAUUUUUGCCGUAUAGCUGCCAAGAACGGGAUAUUACUCAGACUUGUUAACACUCUUUACAAUUUGGAUGAGGCAAUUCGUCUAGCUUCUGGAGCUACUGGCGGUGGGUUUACUCUAGAUAGGUUAGAUCUACGACCCCGGUCUACUUCUCUGGAUUCUAGCAAUCCUUCCCUGGUGCAAAUAGAGACCUCACUCUAUGGGACUGACCGGCCCGAACAUGUCAAAGCUAAGCAAGGAGAUGCUGACAGGGUAAGUACAGAUAGAUGGAAAAAUGAACCUUGUAAAGCUGAAGUUGAUGUAAAACAGCAACGAGGUGCAAAUGUAGUGGGUAGACCAUCAACAGAUAAGGCCAGAAAAUCAACAGACGUUGCAUCAAAUGGAUCAUCUACUCCCACGACAAGCCAACAAGACACUGUUCGUCCCCCUCUUAGUUUAUUGGAUAAAGAACCUCCACGGCGUCAUUUCUCCGGUCAACUUGAGUAUGUCCGGAGUCUUUCAGGAGUAGAGAGACAUGAAAAAACAAAUGGACUUGAUCUUUUGAUGGCUGAAUUUGCAGAUGUAUCUGGACGAGACAGGGACAAUUCUAAUGUCGAAUCAUUGCCAAGAAAUUUACCUAGAGUAGCAAGUAAGAAGUUAGGACGUCUCCCAUCUAAUGGAGCGAUUGCUGGCACUUCUAGGCUUGUAACGCGGACUACGUCUGGGGUGCUAUCUAGUCCUGAUGUUUUAAAUAGUAGACCAGAGAGUGAGACAUCAUCUGGCCUAGUAUCUCAUGCUGUAUCUCCCUGGAAUGUUGAUAUUGCUCGAGAGUAUCUGGAAAAAGUGGCUGACCUUCUACUUGAGUUUGCAGCAGCAGACACAACCGUAAAAUCCUACAUGUGUAGCCAAAGUUUGCUCAGUCGUCUUUUACAGAUGUUUGACAAUAUUGAAUCCCAAAUUCUUUUGAAGUUGUUGAAGUGUAUAAAUCAUCUCUCAACUGACCCACAUUACUUAGAGAAUCUUCAACGAGCAGAUGCUAUCAAAUACCUGAUCCCUAACCUCGACUUGAAAGAAGAUUCUCUUGUGCCAGAAAUACAUCAUGAGGUCCUUAACGCGUUAUUCAAUCUAUGUAAGAUUAACAAGAAGAGACAGGAACUGGCAGCAGAAAAUGGAAUCAUUCCCCACUUAAUGCAUUUUAUCAUCACAGAUUCUCCUCUAAAACAGUAUGCGUUACCUCUUCUAUGUGAUAUGGCCCAAGCAUCGCGAAAUUCAAGAGACCAAUUGCGAGUUCAUGGGGGCUUAGAUGUGUACCUGAGCCUUCUUGAAGAUGAGGUCUGGUCUGUGACUGCUUUAGACUCACUUGCCGUAUGCUUGGCACAUGACAAUGAAAGCAGGAAAGUGGAACAAGCUUUGCUGAAAAAGGAAGCUGUGCAGAAGCUUGUUCAAUUCUUCCAGUGCUGUACAGAACAACAGUUUCUUCACAUACUGGAACCAUUCUUGAAAAUCAUCACGAAAUCGUCUCGAAUAAAUACUACUUUGGCAGUCAACGGUUUAACGCCACUGCUAAUCUCUAGACUUGACCAUCCAGAUGCUAUAGCACGCCUCAAUUUGCUUAAACUAAUAAAGGCUGUAUAUGAGCAUCAUCCACGUCCAAAGCAAUUGAUUGUGGAGAAUGAUCUCCCUCAUAAGCUCCAAAAUUUGAUUGAGGAGAGAAGAGAUGGGCAAAGUUCUGGAGGCCAAGUUCUGGUUAAGCAAAUGGCGACUUCACUUCUGAAAGCGCUUCAUAUCAACACCGUUUUGUAAAUUCAAUGUUUUGUUCUUAUCUCAUAUAUUCAUGUGUAACUAUUUGUGGAUUUAGAGUGUUGACCUUGUUUCCAACUUGUGU